AUGGCAAACAGGCGAUCCGUGCCCAUCGUGGUGUCCAAGCGUGCCCUCGUCGAGAGCCAGGAAGCCGCAAACAAGAGACUCAGGCUCGCCAAUUCGCCCAGCGCCUAUCUUGUCGAGGACCAAGUCGGCAUCACCCAGUUCCUGGACCCUGACCGCCCGUCAUGGUCGGGCAUCAUCAAGCAAUGGACAAAGGAUUUCUACGUUUUUGAGGUCGACAAGUCUGGCGAGAUUGUGCGGUAUACCGGGCAGUCUGCCUUGGUGACUGGUACCGAUGGCGAGCAGGUCGCCGUUGCCGAAGAUCCGCUUCAACAUCUCUCGCCCAAGGAGAAGGGAUUUGUCUUGCUUGAGGAACUGCUUGCAGAUGACAAAGUGGCGUUCCGCGACUUGCAGGGUCUGGUUGCCCAAGGCGGGCCCAACGAAGACGGCAUCGAAAUGGUCAUCACCAAGCCGAUCCUUGAGAAGGAGCACCGCGCCAACAUCCAUCGGACCACACUCGAGUAUUUUGGCGAGCUGAUCCACACCGAGACGACUGGCGAUGCCAAGAAUCAGAUCAUGUUCCGAUACGCAACGGACGAAGACAAGACCAAUCGCCUCAACAUGAACUCGAAGCGACCCAAGCGCAAGGCCAACCGGAGACUCAACAACAGCAUCGACUGGGACAGCAUUGGCCACUACUGCCAGUUUACGCUGCUCAAGGAAAAUAAGGACACUAUGGAUGCGCUCUCGCUGAUCUCCAAACUUGCAGAGGUCGAGAGCAAAGCGUUUUCGUUUGCAGGCACCAAAGACAGACGAGCUGUUACCACCCAGAAGGUCACCGCAUUCCACGUCAGCCACAAGGUCUUGCAGAACCUGGAGCUACGACACGGCACUGCCGUUGGCGACUUCAAAUAUGUCAACAAAAAGCUGGAGCUGGGCGAUCUCCAAGGCAAUCACUUUGUCAUCACUCUCCGCAAUGUACUGGCCAAGUCCAUGGAUGAUGUCGAGCGGUCUUUUGCUGCCCUGCGGGAUGACGGGUUCAUCAACUACUAUGGAAUGCAGCGCUUUGGCACGCGAUCUGUCUCCACCCACCACGUCGGCAUCCAGAUGAUGCAAGGCAACUGGGAAGAGGCUGUCAACAUGGUCCUGGGCGUCAAGAACGAAGAGCGCCAGGACAUCCAACAGGCUCGUGAGAUCUGGCUGACCACAAAGGAUGCAUUCAAGGCCCUUGCGGCCUUUCCGCCCUUUUGUACCGCGGAGCGUGCCAUUCUCAAGUACUUUGUCAGCAACGCCCGCAAAAAGGAACGAUUGAACGACCACUGCGGCGCCAUGAAAGCGAUCCCAGUGAACAUGCGACAGAUGUAUGUCCACGCUUAUCAGAGUUUUGUCUGGAACCAAGCCGUCAGCGAGCGAGUGCGACAGUUCGGCAACCGAGUCGUCGUCGGCGAUCUGGUACUGCCAGAGAACCUCCAGUUGAACGACAGCAAUGAUUUCAGCGAAGGAAGUGUUCGCGCGACCUCGUCCAAGCAGCCCGUCGUCGUUGUCGACUCUGAGGAGGAGGCGGAGAAGUACACCUGUUGGGACAUUGUCCUACCCAUGCCCGGAUUCGACGUCACCUAUCCAACCAACAGCAUCGGGCAGUUCUAUGUGGAUGUGAUGAAGAAAGACGGUCUUGAUCCCAAGGACAUGAAGAAGAAGGACUGGAAAGUCUUUGUGAAGCCCAAGGAUGUGUCGUGGAGAGCUCUGCGCUACAAUGACCUCCAAAGCCAGCUGUGCCUGUCCGACCUCGACCGAGUCAACAAUGUGCCCGAGCCUCAGAACGUCGAAGGAGGAAGAUAUCUUGGCAUCGUUUGUGAAUUCACCCUGCCCUCAAGCUCGUAUGCCACCGUCGCGCUCCGUGAGAUCAUGAAGAUUGGCACAUCAACCGGCCAUCACACUGCCCUGGCUCGCGAGCUGGAGAGCGCCCAUGUCAAAUCCGAGCCAGCUGAAGAAAGAGCGCCAGAGUAG